CCUCCUUCCCUCCAUAUCUAUCCGAACUGAAAUUCCCUCCUUCCCUCGUUUUCUGCUCUCUGCCUUUUUCAUCGUCUCUCUUUCUCUUUCCUCCCAAAUUCCAGAUCUCAAUCUUCUCAUCUCUCUCCCAUCAAAUCAAAGUAACCAUCUAGACCUCUCAAUCCCGUUCUCCACCGGGAAAUGGAUGGCUGGACUUUGAUCUCGAUUUCCAUUUCUGAAUAUUGAGCAUUUCGGAUUCUAUGUCUGGCAGCAGGGCUUCAGAUCUCCCGUUCAAGCGGUACCUGCCGUUCUCAUCGGCAAAGCCGCCGUUCGUGUUGCCGGAUGAUUACCACCGGUUUUCCUCUGGUGAUGACCGCCAAACGGCAGAUGACGAAAACGAAGCGCUUGUUGUGAAACCGACGUUGAAGCGGAAGUCUGUAACAGAAGACUGUGAAGUAGAGUCUAGUGAGUGGACCACCAGUCCUGAAUAUGCUGAAGUGGUUAACAGCCCCCUCCGUACACCUGUAUCAGGAAAAGGAGGCAGGGUCUACAGCAGGUCAAAUGUCUCGAAGUACACUAGGUCUGGACCUCAAACACCACUGUCGAAUGCUGGUUCCCCUUUUAGCAAUGCUCUCACCCCAGUUGGUACUUGUCGAUACGACAGCUCUCUAGGUCUCUUAACAAAGAAGUUCAUCAAUUUGCUAAAACAUGCAGAAGAUGGGAUACUUGAUCUCAACAAAGCUGCUGAGACCCUGGAGGUACAAAAGAGGCGGAUAUAUGACAUAACGAAUGUCCUGGAAGGAAUUGGACUCAUAGAGAAGAAACUUAAGAACCGAAUACACUGGAAGGGACUUGAUGUCUCAAGGCCAGGGGAGAUUGAUGAUGGUGUCUCUAUUUUACAGGCAGAAGUUGAAAAUCUUUCCAUGGAUGAGCAGAAACUAGAUGAUCAAAUAAGAGAACUGCAGGAAAGACUAAGAGACCUGAGUGAGGAUGAAAACAAUCAAAAGUGGCUCUUUGUGACUGAAGAAGACAUCAAGGGCCUACCAUGCUUGCAGAAUGAGACGCUCAUAGCAAUUAAAGCUCCCCAUGGCACUACUCUAGAAGUCCCAGAUCCCGAUGAGGCUGUUGACUAUCCUCAGCGGAGAUAUAGAAUUGUCCUAAGAAGCACCAUGGGUCCAAUUGAUCUUUUCCUUGUCAGUAAAUUCGAGAAGUUUGAGGAGGCGAAUGAUGUUGAAGCAACUCCAAGUAUCCAAAUCUCAUCAAGUUCAGGUUCUUCUAUGGUUACGGUUGCAGAGCGGAGAAGAGGGAAGGAGGUGGAAUUUGAGGUUCAAGAUGCUCAGCAGAUGUGCUCAGAUCCAAAUGCCUCACAAGACUUUGUGAGCGGGAUCAUGAAGAUUGUCCCUUCAGAUGUCGAUGCGGAUUCUGAUUACUGGCUUCUAUCAGAUCCCAGUGUCAGCAUCACAGACAUGUGGAAGACUGACCCUGGGAUUGAAUGGGAUAGGGUAGAUGGACUUAACCCUGAGGCUUUUGCAAUAGGUGAUGUCAUCACAUCAGGGCCACAGACUCCACCAUCUGGUGUUAUAGAAGUGCCAUCUGGAAAUAACUCUAAUUGCAGGUGAAUGAGUAGUUUGCCCAAAUGGAGAAACUCAAGUUUGUACUUGUUGAUCGGAAUCUGUCAUGUCCGUCAAAUCCUGCUCUCAUGCCAUCACUGGUUCAACCAAGGAGCAAUGAUUCAGCUGUUCUCAACCAUAUAUGGUCAACAGAAUGUGUUCCUUGCUAGGUCAUUAUAAAAUUUGUAUUCUAGGAAUGGAUGAUGACAGAGAGCUGGUUCAAUGUACAGUUAGAAUGAUAUAUUUAAUCAUGUUAUAUUUUGGUUAAAAAAAAAAAAAAAAAACAGAGAGAAGAAAAAGAAUCAUAAGUAUUCAGUUAG